AUGACGGACAUUUCAUUUGGACCCUCAACACGACCAUGGCACUACUCCAAGACCACCAAAACCUUCGACCUAUCCGGCGACUCGAAGAACAAACUGCAAUUCUCGGCAACCGAGGGCCCAUCUGGAACCCAAGUGACCAUCGCAGCGGAUUCCACGGCUCUCGUAAUAGUAGACAUGCAGAACUUCUUCCUCGACGCGCGUUGUAUGGAACACAAAGAGGGUCUAGCAGCCAUCGACCCGACCAUCAAAGUAAUCGAGAAAUGCAGAGCCGCCGGAAUACAGGUCAUUUGGCUCAACUGGGGGCUGACGGAACAUGAUAUGGAAACGAUGCCUGGCGGUGUCCAGCGCGGGUUCAUGAAAGACGAGAUCGCUGCGAGCACGUCGGAGCUUCGGCCGUGGAUGGGCUUGGGUGCCGAGUUGCCAGACGACCAAGGCCGUUGUCUGUUUGCGGAUACUUGGAAUGCAGAUAUAUAUCCGCCGCUAAAGAAGCAUGUUGAUUCUUCUGAUAUCCACUGCGCCAAGAAUCGGAUGAGUGGGUUGUGGACUCCUGAACAGCCUUUGUGGAAGGUGUUGGAGAAGGAGAAGAUAUCGACGGUAUUGUAUGCUGGUGUGAAUACUGAUCAGUGUGUCUUGGGUACCUUUGUGGAUGGAUAUAAUGCAGGUUGGAAUUCAAUUUUAAUUGACGACUGCUGUGGCACACCAACACUUGGUGCGAAAGAAGUCACCCUAUUGAAUAUCGCCAGCUGUUAUGGUUUUGUCACCAAUAGCACGAGUUUCUCUGCCGCUAAAGCGGUAUGA